AUGGGUGUGCCAGCCUUUUAUCGCUGGGUACAAGAGAAGUACCCAAAAUGUGUUGUAGAUUGUAUUGAAAGUCGUGCUGUUGAGCUUGAGGGUGAACGUCAUUUUGAGCUUACGGAUACGACAGGCCCCAAUCCAAAUGGUUUUGAAGUCGACAAUUUGUACGUCGAUAUGAAUGGCCUCAUCCAUCCAUGUGCGCAUCCAGAGGAUGGUGAAGCACCAAAAACUGAGGAAGAGAUGUAUCGACGUGUUAUGGCUUAUGUAGAUCGUCUCGUGGCUGCUGUGCGUCCGCGUCGUCUAUUGUACCUUGCAAUUGAUGGCGUAGCUCCUCGAGCUAAGAUGAAUCAGCAGCGUGCACGACGCUUUCGUGCAGCACAAGAAGCUGAACAACGCAUGGAAGUUGAAAAAGAAGCACUUGAAUACAUGGCUGCACUGGGUCAUAAGAUUCCUGCAACGCAGGAGAAGGCAUGGGACUCGAAUGUGAUCACACCAGGAACUAAAUUUAUGGCCAAGUUGGCUAAGCAUUUGCGUUUUUACAUCCGAGAUCGUGUUAAUAAUAAUACUGCUUGGAAAAGUAUUAAGAUUAUAUUAUCCGAUGCAGGCGUGCCUGGAGAGGGAGAACACAAGCUUAUGGAGUACGUUCGCGUUCAGCGAUCACAGCCUGGUUACGACCCGAAUCAGCACCAUGUCCUUCAUGGUCUUGAUGCUGAUCUUAUCAUGCUAGGAUUGGCUACUCAUGAAGUAAAGUUUUCGAUUUUACGUGAGGAAGUGCUUUUUGGCAAGCAAAAGUAUGAACGAGAGCGUCAAAAGGAACAGCAAAUGGUCCUGGAUGCAAAUGGUACGACACUUAGUAAACGAAAGCGUGGUGAGUUUGGCGAACACGAUUCUGACUUGAUUGCAUCGGAUCUUAAACAAUUGCAAUUCCUCCAUAUUGCUACACUGCGUGAAUACCUGCGUGUGGAAUUUGAACCACUAGCGACUGUGCUACCGUUUCCGUACGACUUUGAGCGUGUAAUUGACGAUUUUGUAUUUCUUUGUUUUUUUGUGGGAAAUGAUUUUCUACCACAUCUGCCAUCGCUGGACAUUCGAGACGGUGCUUUGGACUUCUUGAUCUUGAUUUAUGCGAAAUUAUUACCUGCAAUGGGUGGCUAUCUCACAGACGGAGGUCAUGUGAAUCUCUCGCGUGUAGAUGUGAUUUUGGCGGAAGUAGGACAAGUGGAAGACGUGAUAUUUCAGCGUCGCUCUCUUAAACAAGCUGAGAAUGAGAGGAGACGAAAGUCGCGUUUGUCGAAUGAAAAGAGAGAUCAAAUUGCUGCUUCUGCAGCCAAAGACUCAGCUGUUGAGAUUUUGAAGAAGCGCCGGAUUGAUAAAGAUAUUAUUGCGGGUGAUAAAAAGUAUGGUGGCAUGACUCCGGAAGAGGCAAUAAAAGCGCGAGUAAAAGAGAGUGUGGAGAUGAAACUCGAGCAGUACCGCGAAGAGGUCCAAGAUGUUGUGCGUCUCGGCGAACCUGGUUGGAAGACUCGAUAUUAUAGUGACAAGCUGAAAGCUGACGAUAUAGAAGUCGGUGGCGGUCGUGAGCGUGUUUUCCACGCGUAUAUUGAAGGAUUGUGCUGGGUUAUGCGGUACUACUACUCGGGCUGUGCCUCGUGGCAGUGGUUUUAUCCAUUUCAUUAUGCUCCGUUUGCAUCCGAUUUGCGAAACAUCGACCGCUUUCAGAUAAAAUUCGAAAAAGGUCUUCCGUUUCAUCCGUUUGAGCAGCUUAUGGGUGUAUUUCCCUCAGGUAGUUCACAUGCUAUUCCAAAGCCAUAUCGUUGGUUAAUGUCUGAUCCUGAGUCGCCUAUUCUUGACUUUUACCCGAAAGAAAUUCCAGUUGAUCCAAAUGGCAAGGCAAUGCCUUGGCUUUGGGUAGUUCUACUACCAUUUAUUGAUGAAUCUCGGUUACUAAAUGCCAUGAUAGAGCCAAAUCAGAAGUUGACAGCAGCAGAGAAGAAGCGAAAUGCACGGUUUGGCAAAGAAGUUGUCUUUUUUCAUUCUAAGUGUCUCGUUGCGAAACAUCCUCCAACUACAGAGCUUGCGGAGGUUCCGAUAGACCCGAAAAUUGCGCAGUCGUUAAAUGGAACGCUCGUUUAUGUAGAUGCCUUAUACUUUCCAAUUGGCGGGAUCGUGCCGAGCCCGGAAAAAGCUCAAAGGCAUUUAGUUGAUAUUCCAAACAAUCAAUGCUACAGUUUUCAGUACCGUUUACCACCCACACUGCCGCACGUGUCCAGAAUACUAGAUGGUGCACGAAUUCCUAGUCCUACACUGAUUACUGAAAACGACAAACGGAUUACUAUUCCAUUCUUCGGCAAAGCCAACAUUAACAUUGUCGACCUGGCUGGUGAUGCUUUUAAUCAUACAAAUCAAAGCUACCACCAAAGUUAUCAGCGUCUUGGAAACAACAAUUUGAGUUUGGAUCGGUAUGGUGGCCCGCCUCAGCAGCAAUAUAAUCAGUACAUGACCAAUGGAUAUGGCAAUUGGGGCUCACAGGAGCCGCGAAAUAAGCGCGGUCAGUACGGUGAUUCGAUACAUCAAUACGACGGAGGUCAGUCGUCAUAUGGUCGUCCAAACUCUGAUUUUCGUAGCGGAGGCUAUAACAGUCACGGUGGCCGUGGACACCAGGGAAGUCAUAGAUAUAAUGGAACAGGUGGCCGAGAUGGACAUGGAGUGUCAGCUCAGUCGGCGUUUGAAGGCACCUUUCAAGUAGCACAAACGUAUCAAUCAACCCAUAUAAGAUUUUCUACUCCUGCAGCUCCGGUGCCACGAGGAUUAGAGGCUCUUAAGGCUGGCUUACGCAGCAUGCAUCAGCAACGUCAGAAUCACUCGAAUGGUCCACCUGGAGCUGACGCCGGCCGUUAUGAUCGUUAA